GGCAUUCGAGUGCCAAUUGUAUGUGCCGCCAUGGCAGGUGCAACAUCGCCUACGACCGCACUUGAAGUGACCCGAGGCGGGGGUUUCGGUUUCGUAGGCGCGGCGUUCAGCACCCCAGAGAAGCUCGCCGAGGACCUCACUUUCGUCCGGGACAGCAUCCCGGACCUGGGCAAUAAGCCGCUCCCAAUCGGGAUCGGCUUCAUCGGUUGGCUCCUGGACGCCAAGGAAGACGUCUCCAAACAGUUCGUCGACGUCGUGCUCGAGAACGACGUGCGCGCAGUGUGGCUUGCCUUCGGUGAUGACGUCUACCGCUGGAUUGAGUACGUCCGGAGUUCGCCUGCCAACGCUCGUGCGAGCCACAAGCCCCUCAUUUUCGUGCAAGUGACCUCUGUAGAGGAGGCGCUGCUCGCGGCGAAAGAGUGGAAGGCCGACGUGAUAGUCGCUCAAGGGACCGAGGCUGGUGGUCACGGGGGCGCAACCACUCCCAGCACGUUCACACUCGUGUCCGAAAUCCUAGCUGCGCUCCCGGGAGAUGGUGCACCCCCCGUACUUGCUGCGGGAGGCAUGGCCACUGGAUCACAAGUCGCCGCCUACCUCACCCUUGGCGCGGCCGGCGCCGUCCUAGGCACUCGCUUUCUCCUCACAACCGAAUGUCCGUACACAGAUGCCCAGAAGGCCGCGCUUCUGGCUGCCAAGUCCGGCUCCACUGUCCGAACGAUGGCGCUCGACUACGCGCGGGGAACGUACGGCUGGCCCAAAAGGCUCAAUGGUCGUGGUAUCCGAAACAAGAUUGUAGAUGAAAUUGAGGCAGGCGUCCCCCAUGAAAUUGUCCAAGAGAAAUACAAGAAGGGUACGGAGGCGAACGACGCCGAUUACAUGGUGGUAUGGUGCGGACAAGGCGUGUCUCUCAUGAAGGAAAUUAAGCCCAUGAAGGACGUGAUGGCGGAGCUGCACACCGAUAUCGUGAGGCAGCUGCAGAAGACCCAGGGGUUGCUGGACGAUUGAUCGCGGAGCCGCUUGGACAUAUGAAGGCAGCUGGAUCGUACGGAAGUAUGUGUAGCGUGAGCUUAUUGUGCAGUCAAAUCAUUUGUAGCUUCUGUCA